AUACAAUCAUCUUCUCCACUUUUCCUUACAGAAAUCGAAGCAACUGAAAAGAAAAAAACGGCAAAGUGAUUGAGCUUCUUUAUUCACAGAAAACAAUUCCUCAAUGUCUUCAGCAUUAGCAGUAGCAGUAGCAGUAGCAGUACCAGAAGAAGAAGAGGAAGAAGAAGAAGGGAGGCUGAUAAAAGUGGUGGAGUAUGUGGAAUCAUCCAUGUGCGAAGAGCUUCUCGGCAAAUUCCCAGACACCUCUGCCUUUGAUUUUGACUACUCACAGAGCUCAAUCUGGUCUCCAUUGGUGCCUCGCCCUCAAAAAUCUCUUGCUUUGGACUGGGAUUUGGGAACGCCACCUCCGAAGUUGUCUUACAGGUUGGGUUUGGAUAAAACCACUCUCAAGAAGGUCACCGCUAAUCUUAAGAACAACAUCUUCACUAUGUUUAAGAAGAAGCAGAAGAAGAGGAGGAGGAGUUUCAUCAAGCCCCCUGAUCACUUCUCUCCCACUCCUCCUUCCACAAAGGGAUGGAGCAAGGUGCUGAAAGCGGCCUCAAAACAUUUCAAGAAGAAGAAGAAGAAAGAUCCAACCCUUCAUGUAAAACUCUCCAAGUAUUCGAGACAAUCAGACUCUUAAGUCACUUGUUCAUUCAUGUAAUUUUUUUAUUUUUUAUUUUUUGUUAAAUGCUUAUUCUAUUAGAAAAUUCAUUUUUGUAUUUUUAUAUCCAUUGGAUGGUCAGGUUAAAAAAGAAAAAAAAAAUGAUCAUUGUCUUUAAUUGAUGUGGAUGGAUGUCAUUAUUGUUUC